ACACCGCCUUCUUAUUUAACGGCCUCCUUCCUUUCUCUUUUCCCAGACUCACUUUCUUCCCUCUUUCUUCUAUCAAAUCCUUCGCUCGUUUCCCAUGAAACCCUAGAAAAUUCUCCGAAGCUCUUUUCCGAACCGCAGAAAAUCUGCCCAACUCCAUUUCCCUCCUCGGAAACCCUAGCGAAAGGAACUCCAAAGCUCCACCGCUCUUGAAGUCCAACCCUCCAUAAACCCUAGAAAUCUCUACAAGCUUCGUUCCUCUCUUUCGUCCCUGGGAAACCCCGAUCACGUCUUCCGCUUCAAGUAACUCUGGGUAUUGCUUCUGCUUCUGCUGCCGAUCUUUGCCUUUAUAGACAGUUGCUGUUGCCGUACCUCAUCUUGUUUCCUGGACUGCUGGAGUAGACUUUGAUUUCGUUCAGAGGGGUUUUAUAUUCUGCCAAUUCAAUGGCGAAUUCUUUGGACAUGUCGCUGGAUGAUAUUAUAAAGAACAGAGGCAACAGCGAUAGAGGCAGAGGCCGUAGCCGGGGCCGGGCCUGGGGCAGAGGCCGUGGCCGAGGCCAAGGUGGCUCAUUUGAUCGUGGAAGGGGGGCUGGAAUGCUCCAUCGAGGGCCUCUCAGGGUGAACACUCGGUCGUCACCUUAUGCAAUCGCCAAGUCUUUCAGCAGAGCUAAGGAUUUGAUAUGGCAACAUGAUAUGUUUGAGGAUAGCAUGAUAGCCGCCGGCCUGACUGGAAUUGAAACUGGCACCAAAUUGUAUGUGUCCAACCUCGAUUAUGGAGUUUCCAAUGAGGAUAUAAAGGAGCUAUUUUCUGAGAUUGGAGAGCUCAAACGGUGUGCGGUUCACUAUGAUCGAAAUGGGCGCCCAAGUGGCUCGGCGGAAGUAGUGUUUAGCAGGAAAAGUGAUGCUUUAGCAGCUGUAAAGCGAUAUAAUAAUGUUCAGCUGGAUGGGAAGCCUAUGAAAAUUGAAGUCAUAGGCAGCAACUUAGGCAUGCCUGUCUCUGCUCGUGUGAAUGUUGUUGGGGGAGCAAAUGGAAGAGGAAGGAGGACUGUUGUGAUGACGCCGGAAUUGGGACGCGUGGGAGGACCUGCUGCUACCUUUAAUCGUGGUCCUGGUAAACGUGGUCGUGGUGGCUUCCGGCGAGGUGGGCGUGGCAGUGGACGGGGCCGUGGCCGCGGACGUGGCCGUGGGAGGAAGCAACCUACUGAGAAAUCAGCUAAUGAACUAGACAAGGAGUUGGAGAAUUAUCAUGCAGAAGCCAUGCAUACAUCAUAGUUGGUUGCUGCUGUGGGAUAUGAGAACACUUGAAUAUUCUGUUGUAGCUUUGUACUGUAAAAAAGAGGAGAGGAUUGUGGCAGUGAUUUUUCCGUUUUUUUUUUCUCCCCAGGUCACAUGCUCGGACCAUCCAUUUAGCGGAUCUAAUCAAGAGGUUACUAGGCUAUCAUCAUGUGAUUAUUGCUUCUGUUUUAUCAUACUUUGCUUUACUUUGUUGGUAACCCUCUAGUUUUCCCAUCGUUUCCUUUUUACUCUCAACGGUGGAGAUGAUGAAAAUUGCUACCUGCACGUGGGAAAUGUAACCAGAAAUUAAUAGCUCUA